UGAUAGCUUCCACUAAGUACCGGGCGGUUAGAAAAAAAUCACGACGACAGCUACGUAUGACAUUAGAAUGAAAAAGUUCAAACUUGAUUCACGCAGUGCGAAUUCGCGUUUUUUUUUAAAUUACGAAUUUAAACGCGAGUGCAGCUCGAUCAUGAUUUUGUGGUAACUGGUGCGAUAUUUUUUUUACGUAUUUAUUCAUUUUUGAUCGUUGCAUGCUGCAUCGUUUUUGAUAGGUAGUUUAAUUUUUCAGAACUUUGAUAGGUAUACUCGAAUAUCAGAGGGGUAAUUUUACGUGAAAAAAAAUGCCAUUUCGAGAUUCAUCAUCACUCCGCCGUAAUAACAGAAAUUGCUAGAUAAGGAGGCCUUUAGCAAUAAUAACUCAGUACCACACGUGCUUUCGGAGUGUUUUUUCGCUGACUCGUGAUGCGAUUAGUUAAGGGAAGUAAGUGCUUUUGCAGCCACUUUCUACCGUGAAGAUGGUACUUGGACGUGCAAUAAACGCUAAAAACCGCGUUGUUGAAUUUUGGUUUUUAAAAAAGAAUUAACUAGUAGCACACAUGCUACUCGAUAACGUUUCAGUUCGAAUCGAACGCAAUAACGACGCUUAGCCGUAUAUUUCACACGAACGGGUUCAUAAAAGUAUAAAAAUUCCUUUCCGAAUUAAUCCAACGCUUGAAGAACUCAUCCCCAAAAAGCUAGAAGGCGUUAAGUGUCUAGUGAAAGCGAUGCUUGACGUGUUCAGGGGAUUAAAGAAUUUGAUCAAAGUCAGCCACAUACACAUAGAUUCGCCGAUUUUCCGAUUACAUUACAGCAUCACCGUGCUCAUUUUGACCGCCUUCAGUCUGAUUGUGACCACUCGUCAAUAUGUUGGAAAUCCUAUCGACUGUAUUCAUACCAAAGAUAUACCAGAAGAUGUGCUCAACACGUACUGCUGGAUUCAUUCUACCUAUACUCUGAAAUCAGCUUUCAAGAAGAAAGUUGGCGUUGAAGUUCCUUAUCCUGGUGUUGACAAUACUCACAAUAGUAAGAAUAUUGCCGACGAUAGGAAGACUUACGGAUAUUAUCAAUGGGUCUGCUUCUGCUUGUUCUUCCAGGCGAUUUUAUUUUAUGCUCCACGAUGGCUAUGGAAACACUGGGAAGGUGGAAAAAUACACGCGUUGAUGUUGGAUAUGGAUGUUGGAAUUUGUACAGAAGCUGAAAAAAAUCAAAAAAAGAAAAUUCUACUCAACUACCUUUGGGAAAAUUUAAGAUAUCAUAACUGGUGGGCCUACAGAUACUACUUAUGUGAAUUAUUGGCAUUUUUAAAUGUAGUUGGUCAAAUGUUUUUAAUGAAUAGAUUUUUCGACGGAGCUUUCCUUUCAUUUGGUAUCGAAGUGAUAUCAUUUAUGCAGACUGACCAAGAAGACCGAAUCGACCCAAUGAUAUAUAUUUUUCCUAGAAUGACCAAAUGUACUUUUUUCAAAUUUGGUCCCUCUGGCGAAGUGGAACGUCACGAUGCAGUGUGCAUUUUGCCAUUGAAUGUGGUCAACGAAAAGAUUUACAUAUUCCUAUGGUUUUGGUUCUUGUUUCUUGGUUCCAUCACCUUAUGUGUUCUAUUUUACAGGAUAAUCAUCAUAAUAAGUCCUCGUAUGAGAGUGUACUUAUUUCGGAUACGAUUUAGGCUCGUCCAAAGAGACGCAGUCAGCUCCAUAGUAAGAAGAUCCAAAUUAGGAGAUUGGUUUUUAUUCUACAUGCUUGGCGAAAAUAUUGAUUCGGUGAUAUUUCGGGACGUAAUGCAUGAUUUAGCAUCCAGACUCAACACUCAGCAUUACAAAAUCGGCUACAUAGAUACCUGACAUUCGCCUUGGCGUUACUAACAAUAAGUGACGCCAUUAUUCAUAGGAUAAGACAACUGGAGAACUGGACGCGCUCAAAAAUCUAAGUUUAUGAAGACUGCAAGAAAACUUUCACAUAUCAUCCUUACUACAUGUACAUUAUAUACAUAGUAAUAAUUUCGAGUGUGAUUUUUUCUUCUUGACAGAUUUAACAUUUUUGGGGAAUGCUUUCCAAGCAUCUUCAGAAAGACAACAUUCCACAAAACCCACACAAUACCUUUACUUACUUUUCAUUUCACCAUGAAAAACGAUCUCAUUUUGAAGUUAGGUAUCUAUAAUCAUUUAAAUGUGGGGAAAAUUGUUAUUUUUGUCAUACCUAAAUAUGUCACUAUGCAUUUAUGUGUUCAAAUACUCAUCAUUUCAUUUAUGUAAUCAAAUUUUUAUACUACAUUUGUAUGAAAAAAUUUUAGAAUCAUUAAAAAAAGGUUACCUACCUAUGUAAAUUAUCAUAGAAUAAUUAGCAUAUUAAACACAAUAAUAGAAGCUACUGAAUACUGA